AUGAACACUUUAUCUCAAUUUCUCUUCCUUUCACUCACAUUCAUUUGGUUCAUAUCUCUAACAGCUUUUGCUGCUACUAAAAUCCACCCCGAUGAAAGGAAAGCUCUUGAAGAUAUAGGUAAAUCACUUGGUAAGAAAGAUUGGAACUUUGAUAUUGACCCCUGCAGCAACAAGCCUAAUUGGGUUACGCCUCCUAUACCCAAAGUCUUAGAUAACAAUGUCACCUGUGAUUGCUCUGUUGCUGGUGAUAACUUCUGCCAUGUUAUUUGGAUAAGUUUGAAAGGGCAAAAUCUCCAAGGCACUCUCCCACCGGAACUGAGCAGGUUACGUUACCUUCAAAUGAUUGACCUCGCUCGCAAUAACUUGAAUGGUACAAUUCCUAAAGAAUGGGGCUCCUUGACGAAUAUUCGUAAACUGGCUCUCCUCUCAAAUCGAUUAACCGGUUCAAUACCAGUGGAGAUUGCUAACAUAUCUCAUCUCCAAGAAUUGGAGUUAUAUAACAAUCAAUUUUCUGGAAAUCUUCCUCCUGGACUUGGGCAUCUAACCCAAAUUCGAACAAUGCGACUUUCCUCUAAUAAUUUUACUGGAGAACUACCUGUGACAUUCGCCAAGCUCACUACAUUGACGGAAUUCCGAAUUGAGGACAACCAAUUCUCUGGAAAGAUACCCGAUUAUAUUCAGAACUGGACAAGUAUUAAUAAGAUAAUGAUUCAAGGAAGUGGAUUAAGCGGGCCUAUUCCUUCUGGAAUUUCACUUUUGAGGAACUUAUCUGAUUUGAGAAUUAGUGAUUUGAAAGGAUCUGAAUAUGCACCAUUGCCACAACUUAAAAAUCUGACAUUGUUAAACAACCUGAUUCUGAGGAAUAGCAACAUCAAUGGAACUCUACCUGAAAAUCUUAAGACAUUGAAAUCAUUAAAAAUCUUAGACCUUAGCUUUAACAACUUCAGUGGAACAAUUCCGAAGACCUAUGCUGACAUGAACAGUGUGAAAUAUAUAUUUUUAACUGGAAACCUUCUGACUGGACCAGUGCCGGCUUGGAAAAAGAAUGUCAGUGUAGACCUUUCAUACAAUAACUUCAGUAUCAGCCAAGGGAGUCAGAUAUGUCAAGAUGAAAAUGUGAACUUGUUUUCAACCUCAUGGGCACGCAAUGACAUAGGAAAUUCUUCGUGUUUGAGCUUCGAAUGUCCCAAACCCUCAAGCUCACUCUAUAUAAAUUGUGGCGGAAAUCAAACAAGAGUCAAUGGAAAAAGUUAUGACGGUGAUUCGGAUUCAUCUGGACCAGCUAGAUUUCAUACCAGUCCAACAGGAAACUGGUCAUUUAGCACCACUGGUGUAUUCAUUGAAAGUGAUAAUCUUGGAGAAACUUAUUCCCCAAAAAAUAUCUCUAAACUUACUAUGGAAGACUCUGAAUUGUACACCAAUGCACGUGUUUCUCCUAUUUCUUUGACUUAUUAUGGAUUUUGCCUGGCUAAUGGAAGCUACACAGUAAAUCUACAUUUUGCUGAAAUAAUGAUCCCAGAUGAUCAAACUUACGGUAGUAAUGGAAGGCGUAUAUUUGAUAUCUACCUUCAGGGAAGUGCAGUGCAAAAGGACUUCAACAUUGCCAAAGAAGCAGGAGGAGUUGGUAAGAAAAUCAUAAAACAGUUCAAUGAUGUUGUUGUUACAAGUAAUACCUUGGAGAUCCGUUUGUAUUGGGCUGGAAAAGGGACACAGUCUCUCCCAAAUAAAUCAGUUUACGGUCCUCUUAUAUCCGCUAUAUCUGUGGAAUCAUCUGACUCUGCACCUGGAAUCAUAUCUGCAGGAGCUGCAGUUGGAAUUGUGGUUGCAGCAACAAUUAUCAUGUUAUCAUUCUAG